UAAUGUAUUAGUAUGAAAGUUUAUAUGUGUACAAAAAAGAAUAUCCGUUGACAAGAAGUUGUCAGUAGCAGCACUUCGUUCCUACUUUCUUCAAGCCUGUUGACAUGCAGAUUGCAGGGCGUCGUCAGUUGCAUACAAGAGACUCAGGCGAAUACAUGGGACAUUUCUGUACAAGGAAAGUAAUGUAAACUGUGAGAAAAGAAGUCAUCAGCCUUUCUGAAUGAUAUUUCGAGGCUUAUGUUGCAAGUUCACAUUUAUGGUUUCGCUUAUUCAUAGGCUGGCUACAAAUUAAGAAAUUCGUACUCUGCAGGUAGCAAAAAUAAUCAUCGUAGAGGAACGCGUCAUAGGCAUACCGUGUCUCACAACGUCAAGAUGAGGCGUACGCUAUCAGGCUCGUGUGCAAUUGGUGUUUUUGUAAUUGCGCUUGUCUGUGUUGCUGUGGCAUUUUGUGCACCAAGUUGGCUUGUUAGCGAUUAUAGAAUAACCGGUGCGAAGUUGAACCAAUUGGGGCUGUGGUCUCACUGUUUUCGGUCCUUACCGCAACCAGAUGAUGAGUUCAUGAGAAGAUUUUUUGUUGGAUGCAGAUGGAUAUAUGACCCAUUCACAACUGGUUAUGAUGAGAUACAAGGAUUCCUCGUACCAGGUUUCAUGAUCGCGACACAGUUUUUCUUUACACUCUGUUUCCUGUGUAUUUUGGCUGCUUUCUUUUUGGUGUUACUUUAUUUCCUGUGUUGGGGACCAGAGCAGACACGUUAUAUUUUAUUAAUAAUUGCCAUAGGAGCACUGUUAAUGGCAGCAGGUAUAAAUGGUGGAAUAGCUGUAAUUGUGUUUGCUUCCCUUGGUAAUCGUAAUGAUUGGAUGCCUGGCCAGGAAAAUAAUUUCCUUGGUUGGGCAUUUGGACUGGCAGUUGUAGGUGUUGUAGCAGCUUUUGUCUCAGGAACCUUAUUUCUGGUAGAGGCAAACAUUCAACGCAAGAAGAGAAAACACAUACAGGAAUCUCAGUCAAGAUUUGAAAUGGAGCACGAGUCUAAGGCUUAAAAGUUUGUAAUCACAUUGGGAAAAAUAUCUCAGGCAGUUCCGUCCAUUUUUAACUAGUUCUAUUUUGGUGAAAUAUAUGAAAGAUUAUAUACUAGUUGUUUUUGUGUAUUCAUAUAAAGUGUUAAGUUAUAUAAGGGACCGCUAACUUUACGUUUCAGAUGAGCCAUCUUAUCAAAGGUAAUUAUGAAUAUGUCCCAACAAGUACAAAGAAUUUUAAUUUUAAAAGUGAUCUGCAUUCUCUGUAUGUUUCAUCAACCCUGAAGAUAAUGAUUCUCAGUAUCCUGACAGUAUUAACUUUAUAAACAAAUCUCAUUUGUAAUAAAUGGCACUGAAAGUUUGCUGCUGUAUGGAGAAUUUCAUUAAUUAUUUGUAUGGUAAUAGGUUCUCCAUGUAUCAGGUGUACAUAAAUUUAAACUUUUGUGGUUUAUUGCUUGGUUUGAAAUUUAAUCAGUCUCUGACGCACAUCAGUGAAUUUAUCUCAAAUUAUUUCUCGUCUACAAGGUGAUAUAAGAAAUACAAUUUUGUGCAAGGAUGAUCUUUUCAUAACGUCAAACACCUAAUGUAAUAAUAAUUUUGAAGCCUACUUAACCGACUGGUCUUAAUAAAUAUAUUUUUGGGUGUAGAGGCCCAUCAGCUUGUGAAAUUGGAAUGUAAUUUGUGGCACUAUGGACAAUUUUAAUUUUAGUAUGUUGAACUGAACAGCUGAUAUCAAAAUUUCUCACAUUGCAAACAUUAAAGGUUUUCCCACAUGCCCAGUCUUGAUAUGCUCUUCAACACUGGAACAUGUCAUGACUGUAUAUUGUUUUGUUUGAAAAUAAUAAGUAAGAAUUCUCAUGACUAUAUAUAUGCAAAACAUAUAGACAUAUAUUGCUCAGUUAAUUUUUUUUCACUGGAAUGUAGACAAGGAAUUAUUUUUGUGUGAUUUAACAUUGUACAGUAUUUACCCCUAUUAAAGCUUUGUAUUUUUACACUUUUUAAAUGUUGUAUUGUGAAUGACUGACAGAGUUUGGAAAUGUUGAUGAUAAGCUGUAGGGAAAUUAUAGGUGCCUGAUAAGACGUCCACUGCAGGGAACUACGCCAACUUGUGAUACAGUUUUUAAUUUUUUUUUAAUAUUUACUGUGCACAUUGACAACAAGUAAGGUGGGGAGCAUUCUAAAAAACUGAAUUAGUGUGGAUGUAAGUGAGAGGAAAUAUUAUGAACAACAGGAGAAAAUUUGUAAAAGUGCUACUGUGUGUCUCCUUCUACAGUUCUCUGUUGAUAUUGUAACUCAUAUAUGACUAAUGCAUGCACGAAUGAGUGAGUUAUGUAACUGAUGUUCUCACAAAAUUUAGCUCUGCUUUUGUAUUCGUUAAAGCAUAUAUCAGUAAAAUUAGUAACCACAGCUUCAUGUAUCAAAAUUUUUUACUUUUAGCAGAGGACAUACUACAAAAUUAAUCGGAUUUUGUGUACCUUGUUUAUGAUCUAGCAGCUGAUGAAAGCAAGUACUGUGUGAUAUUUCAAUAGUUGCCACAGGCAGAAUAAUGACCCAUAUAAUGAGAACUAAAUAUAACAAUGUUAUGAAAAGGAUAGUUGCUACUCACCAUACGGUGGAGAUGCUGAAUCACAUAUAGGUAAAACAAAAAUACUGUGACAAACUAAAGGCCCCCCCCCCCCCCACACACAGUGUGCAUGCAAAGGCCGCAAGUGUGUGUG